AUGGUCGGUCUAUUCGCCGCUGUGCAGGAGCUGCAGCAGAUGGUUGAAGGGAGAGACAGACUGGUCGCUGAUAGUCACCUGACCGCCUCGCCCUUCUUAGCGCAAGUGCAAACUUACAAUGCACCGGCCGGAUUCAAGCUGUCCGAUCAUCCCACUUUUUAUGGCUCGGGGGAUCCACGUGACCACGUCAUCAGCUUCCAGGCCAAGAUGCAGGUAAUCGGGGCUGACGCCCCGAUGAUCUGUCGGGUGUUCUUCCCGACAUUGACCGGGCUGGCUCAGAGGUGGUUCCUCAGGCUCUCCCCGGGAUCUAUCAAUACUUUCGAGGAAUUGGCCACCCAGUUCCUGACACACUUUGCCGGGAGUAUGAAGCCCAAGAGGUCUGUCUCGGACUUGGCCAGGGUGCAUCAAGACGAAGGGGAAAGCCUGCGCAAGUAUAUUGCGCGACGGCAGAAAGAGGCGCAAACGGUAGAUGGCCUGGACAACCAGACAGCCCUGACGUUCUUUACCGAAUCUCUGAGAGUGGACGGGUACUAUAGUCGAUUGCAGGAGGAGAAACCCAAGACAUACACGGAGGCCAUCCAGUGGGCCAACCAGUUGGCCGACACCGAGGAGGCGGUCAGACAGAAACGCAAGUUGGAAGUUUCUUCCAAAAGACCCUGA